GGAGGAGGAGGAGGAGGAGGAGGAGGCUCCCACGGAGGACGACCAGCAGCUGCAGCUGAUGCCCCCUGCGGCCUCCCAGUGUUCUUCGGAAGGCCCCGAGAGCGCCGUGGAUGACCGGGACAGCGACUACCGCAGCGAGACCAGCGCCAGCCUCCCCCCUGCCUACUGCGCCACCACCCAGCCCAACGCUUCGGCCUUCCCCUUCCGGGGGGCUUCCCGCCUGCAGCAGCAGGGGGUCUGCGCGGAGCCCCUCCGUGGGUAUGCCUCGGACGAGCGGACUGGCACGAGAAGACAUGGCAGCCUAGACUCCACUGGGAGUGGCCAGACCGACCUGGAAUCCACAUCACAUUCCAGCCAAGUGACCAGCCGCCAGCUGUCCCUAGAAAGCCGGCACUCCUUAGAGUUGUCGGAUAGGUGGGUGGUGCUGCCGCAGCCGCGGCUUCUGUGUCGUGUGUCCUGUGGCGUGGUGGCUCUGCUUGGCAGGGCGUAAUGGUGGCGGGUCCCGGGCGGUCCCUGCUGCUGCAUGGCUUCGUUGUUCAAAGGACAGGCUGCUGGUGGGAGAGCGCUGGCCCUGCAGGGUCCUGCCUGGGGGGCAGUCCAGUGGAUGAUUGCUGGGGGGGGGGGCAGGGGGGCUACGACAACUCGCCACUGGGCGACUCAGGCGCAGGGCAAGAGCUGCACUAAACUCGAAGAAACGGUGGGACAGAAUCAUGAAAGAAAGGAUCCCGUGAAGGAGGGGCAAAGCGAAAUGCAAAUGACGAAAAUUAAAAUAAGUUUUAACUAUCUUAAAUAUUUAAACGUUGAAUUGUCCUGCAGCGAGUUGGCCGUGGCGAGUUGUCCCGUUUCUGAUCCAAAUGGCCCCGAGCGACCCCUCAAUUCCCGCGACGGGCCCUCCAUCGAUUCUCCCCUUGGGCUGCUCGCGACGAGGGGCUUGAGAGAACGUUGUGCACAGAUGGUUUGCUCCUCUUCGGCUUCCUGUAGUAAAUCCGUGUGCUUUACUAUGGAAGUGCUGUAUAUUAGUGGAAUAUAGGUAGGUCCUGAUUGGUGAUCGUCCAGAGGCCUCGGCAACUGGGCUCAAUUUUGCUGUUGGCCUGAGAGGCUUCGCUGCUCCUCCCAGCAGCUUCGCCCGCCAAAGCAAGGCAGUCUCUGGACAGGGAGCGGUUGGAAAGUGCCUUCGACUCCUGCUGAGAUCUGUGGCAGCUUCUCUUUGAGAGGCCCUUUCAAUGCGCCCCUGCAUGUAAUAAAUGCUUCUGAGCAAUAACGCCUCACUGCAGCUCCUAUGUGAAAUGGCUCUGCGGGCCUCCGGGAGCUAUGGCUGCAGUGGGGCCUGCUCAUUACGGUGGUAAUUCUGGGGUGCUGAAAAGCAGGGCGGCCCUUUGACCAGCCUGGUUUUGCUACCUCUUUUGCAGCAGUCAUUAAGUGAGGACUGCUGCUGUUAAGUGAACCAGUUCUCUGCCAGGGGGCCGGUUUUGCCGAAAGCCAGAAGUAACUGCUCCGUCUUGGCAAAAGCGUCGUCAUUGUGUUCUUGUGUGUAUGGGAGGCUGCACGUAUCUGCGAAUGCGGCCUGGUGCCACGUGGCCAAAGUGUGUGUGCACGGGGGGGGAGGGGGAGACGACCGUCGGAACUUUGAAUCCAGUUCGUAAGCAGCCCCCAGGUGGGAACCUCCGACAAUCACUAAGUGACUGGUCCUAAACCAGUGACAAGCCUUCCAUCGGUCACUCGGCUGAGUCCUGAGCCCCCCCGCCCCCCUGGCCGGGGGUGGAGGAGCCCCCUCAAGGGAAGGAGCCUGCUGAGGUAGGCAGGGGGCUGUUUUCAUCCUGCCAGCCCCAGAUGAAAAGGGUUGGGGGAUCCUCCAGGAGAAUCGCCCUGCUGGGUCUGGAGACCCCCCUCCCCCCGUUUAUGGGGGCUUCCCAUCGUUCCCCCAAAGGAUCCUGCUCUUCCCUCUCUCUCUCGUGCGGAAUUGAGAAACGAUCGUAAUAAGACGGGUGCUUUCUAAUCAUUAAUCAAGGUUAGAAUUAAAAGUACAUCUUUUAAUUAUUUCAUACUGGUUUAUUUUUAUUCAUAAAGUCUGCAUAUUUAUUCUUUGUGAAAUUCUUUUAUAAAAGUUACGUUAAAGUUAUUUUUCCAUCUUUCUUGCCUUUUCCUCCCCCCCCCUCUUUUUUUCUUCCCCUUUUUCCAUUACCAGUCAAGGAUCUUUAAUUAGCAGUGGGAAAGUCAGGAUUAUUCCUUUUGACCACGAUCUUGACCGAGAGGUGUCUGUGGAGGACUAUGAUGAACUAGGCAAACAGCUAAUAGAAGAUUUUUUAGAAAAAAGGGCUAGGAAUUGGCAGGAGGUAAGGAGGCCUCGGUUCGCCAAACAGGGCAGUGGUGGCCAUCUGAAAAAUUCCAGGGCCUCACCCAAAAUUUGUGUGGAAUUAGCACGCCCCGACGCCCUGUCGUAUCCAGCGGAAUACGAUACUAUAGACAGGAGAAGGAAAAAGAGGCGGAGAGACAAUGCAGAGUGGAGUGGAGAAGGUCCACUUGAGUGGAGAAGGCCUCAAAUCAACGGGAGGCUGAGAAUCCCCCACGAAAUCGUUAUUUCUGGAAGCAGCAGGAAAACAAGAACCGAACGUAACUCCAGUUACGAAGACGCUGAUCUGUAUAGCCGCCACCUCCGGCCUCGGGAUGUUGGGGCUCAGCGGCCCGGAUGUUGGGAUUUGCUUCCAUACAGAGAGACCCCCCUGGUCCAAAGCGCCAGGUUCUCUGACAGCCCAGAGAGAAACUGCGACCCUCAGCCAGCCCGUUUUGGAGGUGAAGACUGGCUGCACCCAGAAGAGGCAGCCAGUUGUUUCCGGCUGGCUGGAGCCCUUGAGCUGGAAGGCAGAAGCUGGCCUGAAGAUCUUGGGGGUUCUCCUGCUUCCCAUGAGGAAGGGAAGGGGGAAAUGGCCCAUGGCUGGUAUGAGCCCAGGCGUGGCUCUCUCCAGGAACACGUGGCCUUCUUGCCUGCCCAAGCACCGCCGGAGGGAGACCUCAGUACGGUGGACGAGCUGCAGUGCUUGGUGGAGACGGUGUCCGAAUACCUGGCCGAAAAGGAGGAAGAGAUUAGCAGCUGGGAAGCCCUUCCACAGCAGGAAAGCAGGAAUCACGGCCUCCCCGUCCAGGAAGCGGAGGAGGUGGCCCAGGCCAAGCAGGCCAAGGCAGCCCCUGCUGUGGAGGAGGAGAAGGAGAAAGAGAAGGAGAAGAGCGACAGCCGAGCAGAGGCCUUCUCGGACGUUCUGGGGAUGAAAGACACAGCCCAGACCUUCUUCAGCUUCCUUACGGAGAAAGUGAGCUCUGGAAAGACGCUGCUCACGUCCUCCAUGGAGAAGUUCGUGUCAGAGGUCCCCGUGAGGGACUCCUCCAACCAGCCUCAUCUGGACGUGGAAGCGGAAAGCAGGCCUGAUGUCGGCUUGCCUGAAGAAGAGCUGGCUUCCCUCCCCGAGCAGAGCCGGGCGAAAGUGGCUGGUGCUGCCAGUGUGAGUCUCCCAGAAGCCUCUGACAGGGAUGACCAGGCCUGUCCGGCCCCUCCAGCCCUUGACCCUCCUGCAGAUGACGCCGAGGGCCCGUUUCAGAAGACAAGUGCAGCUGUGAGCUCUCUCUUGGGCGUGUUCAGUUCUUUAAAGACCACAUUGACGGAGAAGAAGGAGCCAAAGAAAGAGGCCACGAAAGAGGGAGCGGCCGUAGCAGCUGGACCCUCGCCCGUAAGUGGAGCUGAGGCCAGAGAGAAGCCUGGCGAAGACGGCACAGAACCCAGAACCUCCCCGCUGGAAACAAGGGAGGGGGAGCCAGCAGCUGAUCCCACUGGGGGUCCAGCACCCUCCGCCUCCAGCUCCUGUGCUGGCGUCAGCCUGAAAGCGGGUUUUGCUGGCGUGGCUGUUCCCGGGAGGCCAGCGGAGUCUCCCAAAGUCCCCUCAGAUGGGGAAACCCCUCCGGAGCCUUUGGCCCUUCGGCCUCCUGAGGACAAACCGCAGGAAGGGCCGAAGGAGGGCAGCCCCCAACCUUCAGAACAAAGAGAAUCUCCCGCCGGUUUUUUUAGUCCUCUUAAAAAAUGCUUCAGCCUGUUGCCACUUUCCGCCCCCGCUGACCCUCCGGCCAGAGGGACGUCCUUGGGCCUGGGGAAGCAGUGCAAGUCCGAAGACGAUGUCAGGAAAGCCAGUUCCGCCAGCAGCAAAGCUCCCUCCUUCCCGUUCCCUGAGAAACUGCAGGUUUCCUUCCUGGGCAGCUUCAGCUUCUCAGACAAACCGCAGGAAAAUAAGGGGAAACAAGGAUUCUUCUCUUCCUUCCUGAAAGCUGCUCCAGCUGAAAACUCCGAGGCUCCCAAAGAGGGACCUUUGGGGAGUAAUCCAGAGGUUCCCCAGGCUUCCCCCCCAAAGUCUCCGCCAGAGCACCAAGAGGAGCUGAAGGGGAAACCGGGAGCCGGCCCUUGGGGACCAGGAAGUGGCCCUCAGGAGGAGGGGGCUACAGGCCCUUCGGAGAGGGUGGAGCGUGGCAGGCGUGGUCACAGGGGCCUAAAUGGUGUCGCAGGCAGAGGAGCAGCCGCCGCCGCAGCAGUAGCCACGGCCCCCUCGCAAGGUGGAUCCGCCCUGAACCCGGCAGGGGGAAACUCAGAGGCGGAUAGUGGAGUCGGAAGGGGCCGGACUCUGGCUGAUGCCCAGGAAGGUUUCUUUCCCGGACUUUUCCGCUCUCCUCUGCCCGUCAGUUUAUCCUCCAAGGAAGGACCAGAGGCUCAAGACAGCACAGCCGGCCCGAAGGACCGUUCACCUGGUUUGCUGUCUGGAUUGUUUCCAUUCAGUUCAGGGGAAAACCCACCUCCGGGGAAGGUGGAGAAGCCGCACCUGAGCUUUCUGGGUGGUUUGGGGCAGAUCUUUGGAAAGAAUGCAGAGGAGACUAAUUCCAAAGUGGGGGGCUCUCCAGUGGCGCCCCAAACUCAAGAAGGCACCAAGGACCAAGAGGGCGCAGGCAGCUUCCUCAAGAACCUCUUGCACCAGGCGAAAGAGAAGGUGGAAGAGAGAGUGGCCCAAGCGGCCCAGGUGGAGGCCGGGCUGCCUGGCACAGGCGAGGAAUCCAUUGCCCUCCAGGCAGCAUCCGUCCCUCUGAGCAGCCCCCAGAAGAAGACACACUUAUCAACAAAACCAGCCCUUUCCAGUAACAACACAGAGCCUCGUGUUCCUCCAGGGCUUCCCCAUGAAAACCUGGGGGGGCUUCUCAGAUCUUCCUCACGGAAUGCCGACUUGCUCAACUGGCCAGGAGAACCUCCUCCUUUUGAGGAAACCAGGAGUGGGUCCCCCUUGGAGAGGGACUACAACCCCAGGGGUGACCCAGCAAAGACGGUCCAGGCGUCCCUGCCUCUUUAUUACGUUUUAAACCGGAAUCCCGUCUCCUGGGAUGAGGUCCUGACCUGGUCGGAAUCUAGCAAUGCAGGAAUGGAUUUGUGUAAAAGGGAUGGGAGUGCCAGUCCAGGGGACUGGAGACCUAGUGAGAAGUUUGAUCCGGCAGCGAUCGAUUUUAAUGUCGUGUCGCUUGGACCACCCGAUUUUUGCCUGGGGGAAAAUGAAACGUGGGCAGCUCCUUAUUUGAAUGGAAGUCUGUCUCCACACCAGUUCAACUGCAUUUUGGAAGACGGGCCGAUAGAUUUAAGCCGUUCAUCUGCUUAUGGCACUAAUAUGUGGACCCUAAUUGAUCAGGAGGCCCUGUACAUGGAAGACCCUUGGCUGCUGGGCCACUGCCCGGAGUCCCUGGACUGGCUGGUGCCUCUGCUGCAGGGAGUGUGGUGGCCGUCGGAAGACGGUGAUUAUGGUUACUACAUAUACACUGAUGGUCAGUAUGUUUACUCCCUACUCACUGAUUCUACCGGGCAGUUUGUCUACAUCUGCACCUCCGAUAUUUACCCUCAUCCAGACAGCUGGGAGGACAGUGACCUGGAGGGCUCUUGGCAAAGGGUUGUGUCGGAAGGAGACCUGGUUUCCGUUUGCGGCUUCAAAGUGCCCCUGGAAGAUGAGUUAUUCUGGUUGGAUGAAGAGGAAGAGUGGGAGGGUUAUUUUGUAAACAAGCCUCUUGAUUUGUCUGUAGCUUUUCAAAGAAGGGACAAGUUUAUGAACGUAGAAACCUUUUCCCAAGUGUUGGAGGAAUCGGCUUACCACCAGAAAGAGAAGCCUUUGGACUUCUCAGGGUACGGGAUUCUGCAACGCAAUAAAGGGGCCUUUAGGCCUGAGGAGAAGAGGGAAGGGUCUGCAGAAGACGCGUCCUUUGACCUCCGGCCACAUUUCAGGAUGGCCCCUGGCGGGGGGCUAAAGGAGGAAUUCCAAGCCAAGUCGCUGGAUGUGGCUCCUAGGACGAGCAUUUCUGAAAGCCAACAAGCCAAACCUUCUGGCCUUCAAAUCUUUAAAGCUGCCCCCAAGUCUGACCUCCCACCUGUGUCCCUUGCGGAAGCAGAGACAGCCAAAGAAGAUGAGAAGGGCCCAAGCAACAAGGUCUUCUCCUCUUGGCUUUCUGCCUUGGGUGGGCUGAUGGGCCAGGGCUCAGGGAAGGACGUCGAGAUGCUGGAGGAUGCGGCAGAGAAGGACCAGGGCCCACGCUUGAGGUUUCCUGCCACACCUGGAACACCAGCCAGGAAGAAGGGAGAAGCUCAGCCAGAGCCCCUGCCUGUUUCCACUGCCCAAGAAGAGGCUGCGGUUGCCCUGCCUCCCACCCAGAACAGGGCUCCCCUGCGCAGAUCCGCCUCCCCAUUCAGCCGGGGUCUCACUUCCGACACAGUCGCCCAGCCGGACAUCAAUGCCAAGGCAGCUGCAGGGUCCCUGGGAGAGCCUGAAAACACGUGGCCAGCCCUGAGCCAAAUAGCUGCUAAGGCCAAGGAGACCCUUUCUAAGAGUGACCUCAAAACAGGGGGUCCCGGAGAAGGCCCCCUGGCCCCUGCAGAACCAGGACUCCUCGGUCUCUUGAAGAUGCAGGGAAGCAAGCCUCCAUCGCAACCUCGGCCAACCUCUCAGCCCCAUCAGGUGAAAAGUGAGACCCAGGGCCAGGCAGAGCCCCCGGGGGCCCCGUCCUUCUUCGGCUCCAUCAGAGGCUUUUUCACCAAGGAGCCAGCCCCCUCCCCAUCUGACAGCCCCUUCCCAGCCCUGAGCAACGGGCAAGUAGCCCAGGCACUGGCUCAGGAACCCAGUAUGGGUCCUGCGUCUGAGGUGGGUGUCUCUUCAGAGCCACCUGGGGCAGGUGGGGCCAAGGAGGGCCUCUUCCCUAAGGAGCAGCCCCCCCAAAAGGCCAGAGAGAAAUCGGCCAGGGUCAAGGAAGCGCCUCCUGCAGAGGCUGAGCAGGCAGCCAACUCACUCACAAGCCCUGCAAUGGGGCGGCACAGCCCACCCCCAGAAGAGGGAGGCCUGCUCAGGAGCCUCUCUGGGUUGCUGGGGGACUCGGCAGCAAGGAAGUCCAGUUCCUUGAGCUCCAGCUGGUUCUCCUUGUUGGACAAAGGGCAGCCGGGAGCCUCGCCUGAUAAGGUCCAGCCAGAGGCGGCCAGGCAGCAGCCCCCUGAGGAACCGGGGCCCAGACUCCCCUUUGGCUUGUCCCAAGCUGCCCCUCCAAAGCCUCAGCAGACAGCCGGCAGCUGGGCUAUUUCCUCCCUUUUCCCUGCCUCCAAGAAAGCCGCUGCCCCGGCCCCAGCGCCUGUGCCCUCCCAGACUGCCAGAGGCCCGGAGCCAGAAGGCUUGUUCAAGAUCCCCUUCGCUGGCAAGAAAGGGCUUCCACACAGCUCCAGCUUCUUCCGUUGGGCCGCCUUCUCCCCUGAAGAGCCACCGCCUGCUCCUGACAGAGGUCCCCUCGCCAAGCCACCUCCAUGGCAAGGGAAGGAGGAACCGCUCCCGGGGCAAUCCGCUUCUGCUGAUGCUGGCGUUGGGACGGCCAGGAAACCAGUUGUGGAGGAGAAGGGCCCCAUCUCCGGGGUUAGAGACGCUGUGCUGGGCACCCAGGAAGCUGAUGGCUUGCAGGACGGGGCGAGGGAAGCCAGCACGCCAGUGGCCGAGAAGGCCAGGGAAUGUGCCUUGGGAGGACCCCUUACGGCCAGCCCAUCUCUCCAGAAUGCAAAGCAAGAAGACCAGCCUGACCCUGCCUGCGAAGGUCCUGGAGUCCCGGAGGAGGGGACUUGCUCCUCUCCAGAAGUCCCAGAGGUUCCGGAAUGGUUGCCCCAGAGCCCGACUGAGCGGGAGGAGACGGAGGGCUGUUUGUCUGAGAAGGAAGCCGCCCCCCUUCCAGAUGGGAACGAAGCUUUGGAAAACACCGAACCCCCCGGGUCGUCUUCGGAUCAGAGGAGAGCUGCUGUCCAAGGCUCGGGCCAGGAGGUGGUGCCGGAGCCCCCGCAAGGACUCGGCCCUCCUUCCCCGGCUGGAGCCCAGCAGGCUCAGGGCCAGGAGCCUCUCCCCAAGGUCCCACUGGAGGGGGAGCUGGACGGGCUGAAGGCGCCCGAAGAAGCUACCAGCAACAAGUCUGUUCUAGAUUCCUCCGUGGAGACAUUUUCAAGCUUCUUCACCAAAAUGAAACCCACGAAAACAUUCUCUGACUUUCUGGGCAGCCCACGGCAGGCUCCAGGCACCCCCAAUCUGCAGAAGAAGAGUGCCUCCUUUUUAGGCAGCGCAUUUCAGCAGGGUGGGCCUCCCUCCUUGUUCACAGGCAGCCUCUUUGGCUUCUCCAAAGGAGCAGCGGAACAGCCUCCUUCGAAAGCUUCCACGCCCUCAAAGCCUCCCCGCGUGGACUCGGAGGCGAAAGGAGCGGCGGGCUCAGUUCCAGGGAAGGAGCCUCUCUCCUCCACCCAAGAAAGCAAGGGGGCAAGGAGAGGCCAGGGCUCAGAAGCAGGACCCUCAGGGCAAGAGCCGAGUGUGGGGCCGGAGGAGACCGAGGCCAGAAGCGUCUUGAAGGAGGAUGGGCUGUUGAGCCUGGCAGGAGAAGCCCUCCGUGUGGAUCUGGAAAGGGAAGCCAGCCGAAAGCCGGACGCUUGCCAAGAGCCGAAUGCUCUGGACUCCUUGACCUCAGAGAAGAGCCAAGGCCCCGAAGGGGGGCAGGUGGACCUCCUAACUUCGGAUGAAAUGAGGGAGGCCGAUACGUGCGCCCAAGUUUCCAGCAAGGUAGCGGCAGCAGAAUCUGUUGCAAUGCUGGAGGAGGCCAAAGCAGCGACGUUGGAAGAGGAGGAGGCUGGGCCUGCUACGCAGAAGCAACUGGAUCUGGAACCCCAAACGGGCUCUCCUCUUGGCCAGGAGGGUUGGGGAAACACGCCUGGGCGGGAAGCCGAGGCAGAGGACAACGGGAGCCAGCCGGGCAUGGAUGAAUCGCCAGCCGUAAAGGCGCAAGCCAACAUCUGUCCACCAAACGGAGGUGAGAGCCUAGGAGCGGCAGCUGAAACGGCUGGGAAGGAGGAGAGCCCUGAUUUGCACCAUGAAGGUGCGGACAGCGUCCGUGAUGUGAAGCCUCCCCCCGUUGAGCAGGAGGAGGUUCCAGCCCCCAGUGAGAAGCCUCUGGGCGUUGAGGCCUUGGGGGGCCCCCCAGAUAAGGAGCCUGCCGGUGGUGCCCCUGCCUCAGAGGCCAACAGCGCCACAUCUGUAUUCGAGAUGUUAAGCAGGCCCCCUUGGCGCAAGUUCGGCUUUGGGUCUUCUAGCAGCAGCAGCAUCAAACCGAUGGGCUCCUUCUUCUCACCUGCGGCUUGCAAGACCCCCAGGGCUGAGCCAGGUCUCCGGCCCGGCUUGGGCAGCGUUUCUUCCGCUCUGUUUGGCGGAGGAAGCGAUGAGAAGGGGGAGAAAACCGGGAGCCUCCAAGAGACGGUGUUCGGCAGGAAGCUGGACUUCUCCCUCCCUUGGCAGAAAGGCCCGAAAGAAAAGGAGGCGAAGAAGGGACCUUCCUCCGGGCAGGGAGCCCCCUGCGAUGGCUCCUCCGGUCUGGAGCCCUCGGGCAGCCCUCAGCAGCCGUGGAUGGGGGCAGGCCGGCUGGGGGGUCCAGCGCCCGAGUCCAGCCCCCCACCCGUGCAGGCGGACAGCUCAGGCGAGACGUUCUUGGGGGCCAGAACUGCUCCUGCUGCGGCCGAGCCUGGCCCAGGCCUGGAACUGGGGGGCCCAGGGCAGGAAGAGGGCCUGAGGGCCGUUCCUGGGGGCCCUCCUGCCCCGACCCUGGAAGAAGAAGAAGGAGAAGGAGAAGAAGACGGGGACACGGCCUCCAUCCCUGGUCAAGCAGAGCAGAAGGACGGCGUCACUUGCCCAGAGGAGGAGCCCCAUGUUGCUGGGCCUCGGCCGGUGGAGGAGAGCAGCCCACGACCGCCCCUCAAGCGCAGGCCAGUAGCAAAGGCAGCCCAUAAAUGGAGGCGGCCGGUCCAUUUAUGGGGCAAGAGCCCCGGUCAGAGGCCUCUGGCCCAUCCCUCCGGCCUCCUGCGGCUGCCCGGUCCCUGGCGGGUGGCUGAGGGGGUGACCUUGAGCCCGUCCCUCCCUCCCUUCGUGUGUCCGUCUUUGAACGUGGAUUUUGAGCUCCACUUCAUAUCGGGGGAGGGGGAGGAGAGGGCCCGGAAGGGGGGCGAAUGCAUUUGGCUGACCUUCAUGGGUCUCACUCAGCAACCGCAUUCUGGGCAAUGGGAAGCUCUGCCCACCAGUGCCGCCUGCCCAGGCAGGGAGGGGCUCGGCCCUCGGCUGCUCAGUAGCCUCCUGGAAGAGAGCGCGAGAACCGGGCUGGCCUCGGAUUAUGCCCGUUAG